UGGUGCGGGCGGUGCCGAGCCGCACAGCCGCCGCCGCGCUCUCCUGCCCCGCAGCAGCCGCUGCCGCCGCCUCCCCCGGGCGGGCCGUACAAUCCUCGGCAGUGUCCUGAGACUGUACGCCCGUCUCGGGGGCGACCCGGCACAACCGGAUCGCCGACCCCCGACCGACCGCUCGCCGCCGCCCGCGGAGCCCCAGCGUCCCGCGGGCAGGUGCUGAGCCCGCCUCGGCCCGCCCGGUCCGAGAGGCGGCGCAGGAGUCGGCAGCCGCCGCGAUGACAGCUGACAAGGAGAAGAAAAGGAGCAGUUCUGAGCGGAGGAAGGAGAAAUCAAGAGAUGCAGCAAGAUGCAGAAGAAGCAAAGAGACCGAAGUUUUCUAUGAACUGGCACAUGAACUGCCCCUGCCCCACAACAUCAGUUCCCACCUGGACAAGGCAUCCAUCAUGCGCCUGGCAAUCAGUUUCCUGCGCACCCACAAGCUGCUGUCUUCAGUAUGUGCUGACAAUGAGAAUGAAUUAGAGGCAGACCAGCAGAUGGACAACUUGUACCUGAAAGCUUUGGAGGGAUUUAUUGCCGUGGUGACACAAGAUGGAGACAUGAUCUUUUUGUCAGAGAAUGUCAACAAAUACAUGGGUCUUACCCAGGUGGAAUUAACUGGACACAGCAUUUUUGACUUCACUCAUCCAUGUGACCAUGAAGAAAUUCGAGAGAAUCUGAGUCUGAAAAAUGGUCCAGGCUUUGGGAAGAAAAGCAAAGAGAUGUCAACUGAGCGUGACUUCUUCAUGAGGAUGAAAUGCACUGUUACCAACAGAGGCAGAACUGUUAACCUCAAGUCUGCCACAUGGAAGGUUUUGCACUGCACUGGACAAGUUAAAGUAUAUAAUACUUGCCCUCCUCACACUCUGUGUGGAUAUAAAGAGCCUCUUCUCACCUGCCUUAUAAUAAUGUGUGAGCCUAUUCAGCAUCCUUCAAACAUUGAUAUCCCCCUGGACAGCAAGACCUUCCUGAGUCGCCACAGCAUGGACAUGAAAUUCACCUACUGUGACGACAGAAUAACAGAGUUAAUUGGAUACCACCCAGAGGAGCUGCUGGGCCGUUCGGCAUAUGAGUUCUACCAUGCCUUGGACUCGGAGAGUAUGACCAAAAGUCACCAGAACUUGUGUACAAAAGGUCAAGUAGUGACAGGCCAGUACCGUAUGCUUGCCAAGCACGGUGGAUACGUAUGGCUGGAGACUCAAGGAACAGUGAUUUACAACACGCGCAACCUACAGCCUCAGUGUAUCGUCUGUGUCAACUAUGUGCUGAGUGAAAUUGAGAAGAACGAUGUUGUGUUCUCCAUGGACCAAACGGAAUCGCUCUUCAAGCCUCACCUGCUGACGAUGAACACCGCCUACGAGAGCGGCAUCCCCGCAACAGAGAAGAGCGACUUCUUGUUUACUAAGCUAAAGGAGGAACCGGAGGAACUGGCUCAGCUGGCACCAACACCCGGCGAUGCCAUUAUUUCCUUGGAUUUUGGGACACAGAAGUUUGAGGAAGUGCCUGCCUUCCCCACUGCUGUAUUGACACCAAACAAAGCAUGGCCAGUGGAAGUGAAAAGCCACACUGCUCAAGGUGAAACACUGACGAUACCAUCCUUUACAAUGCCUCAGAUUGCCCCUGGCAACAGUACUCCAAGUGCAAGCAGUAACAGUAGCUGUUCCACGCCAAGCAGCCCAGGAGAUUAUUACAGUUCUGUGGAUGAAGAUCUAAAGAUUGAAGUGAUUGAAAAACUUUUUGCCAUGGACACAGAAUCGAAAAGCCAGUGCACCUCCCAGACUGACUUCAAUGAACUGGACCUUGAAACCUUGGCUCCUUACAUUCCUAUGGAUGGAGAAGAUUUCCAGCUCAGCCCAAUCUGCCAAGAAGACCGUCCUCUUUCUGAAAGUGCACAAAAUACCCAGCAGAGUCUAAGUAGCAUGAGUACCAUCUUCCAACCCCUCGCUUCUGCUUCACAGAAUCAGUUUCUCCCAGAGAAAUACUGUCCACAGCUAUCAAAUAAAAAAGUGAGUCCUGGUCGUGGGUCCCUGUCAUCAAUGUUCUUCAACAAUAUGAGCAGGUCCUCGCUGCCACCGUACCAUGACCAAGCCAGCACUCCCUUGUCUUCGAUGGGAGGAAGACCAAACACACAAUGGCCACCUGAUCCUCCAUUAGAAUACAUCCCUUCUAAAUGGAGACUCAUGGAUAAAUACUCAGGAUCCCUAUCAAGUUCCCCCUCAGGACCACCAAUACCUUCUCCGAAUAUGCCCAUAUAUAAAAAAAGGCCUUUGGAUGCUUUUGGGCAACAAGGCAUAGAUGUAAACCCCGCAAGAAUUGCUCUGGCUAACAGUCUGAAAUUGAAGCGGCAACUGGAUUACGAAGAACAAGCGUUACAACAGCUGAGUGGGGGAGAUCCAUCUGUCAUCAAUUCAUCUCACCUAAUGUGGAAGAGAAUGAAAUUUCUGAAGGGGGAAAACUGUUCCUUGGUUACAGAAAAGAAAUCUCUCAGCACAAGUGUUCUUACCGAUGAAUUUGUCUGUAAUUCGAGGGGCCUGAGCCAACCAAUGAAUCAACUACAGCAGCAGCAACAGCAGCAACCAACCUGUGGCAGUCCUGGCGAGAAUUUGAAAGCGGGAGCAUUUCCCCCUCCGUUUUACAGUUCCCAUUGUCAGGACUAUGCUGUCCAGCCAGCUCAUAAAGUGUCAGGUAUGACCAGUCGUCUGCUGGGGCCUUCUUUCGAACCCUACUUGUUGCCUGAGUUGACAAGGUAUGACUGUGAGGUGAACGUCCCUGUUUUGGGCAGCUCGACGCUUCUGCAGGGCAGUGAACUGCUCAGAGCGCUGGACCAGGCAACCUGAGCGAUCCCGCAAUAUUCCGUGGCCUAUACUGUUCAAAACAGCUUCAGUUUUUAAAUAUAUUUUUGCAAGUAGACAAUUUCUAAUGCAAAUACACUUUUACAGGAUUUUUCUUAGGUAUUGAACCUAUCCACGUUACCAAAUAGUGGCCUUUUGAAGUUACUCACUUUAUUAUUCAUAUCCAAGAAAUACAUCUACUGUAUUUUCUCUAUUGCAAUUCAAGUGCUGUUUAGAGAGUUUGAUUACCUUCCCCUCGUCUCAUUACCUGUAAUUUAUAUGCUGAAAUUUCCUGCAAAUUUCACGCUAAUAAAAAGCUGUGGUGUCAAUGCCUCAUCCCGCGAUGUACUUUGGCUGCAGCAGUGCAAAGAUUCCUUUUUAUUGCCAAAGAUGAACCAAACCAAUUUGAUCUCCGACCGCAGCUUUUUGUUGAUCUGCCAAAUUGGAGUCUUUCUGUUUUCCAGCAUUUAUUGUAUUGUAACUUUAAUAACUUUUGGAAAAGCAUACUAAGGAAAAAUCCCAUCCUUCCUCCUUCUCCCCCUUCCUUUCAUUUUUAUACUUUUUGUUGAAAGAAAUGUGAAUGGUGAACUGCAAUGUUUGUGGGUAUCUGUGAAAGUUGCACGUUGUAAGGUUUUUUUUCCUCUGAAGCAAGCCACAUUCUCAGCUGCCUUAACCUGGCUUUGCUCUACAGUCAAGGGCGUCCUACAGAUUUACCCCAGUGGAGGAUUUAGACCUGUGAUUUCAUUUUUUGGGGGUUUUCUGCUUUGUUCUGUGUUGUUUCCUUUUCUUUUUAAUGUCUCUCUGGGUCAGUUAUUGAUCAUCUCUUGGUACUUUUGCUAUAUCUAGGAUAUUUUAAGAGCUGUUUCCGAUAAAACUAGUAGUAUUUGGCGUAGUUGAUAUUUUGGGAAUAUGACCGGCAGCCAGUACUAACACCUCUGAUUAAUGUUACACUUCUACCAUCUAAUAUGCUAGCUAGCAAUAUAAUUGCAGCAUCCAAUCAUUAAAAUUAAGUAAUAUUUCCCAGGCUAUUAGGCUAACUCAGUUAUAGAUAGACAAAAAGAAUUAAGGAUUGUAUAGUGAGAUGAAUAGCUGGCAGGCAGGUUUGUAUCAUUUUCACUUGCCUUACAUUAAUCAGUAGUUGAAAUAUCAUUAAAAGGUAGCCAGACAUUUCUGAGCUCUUUUCUAAGUACCAGUUGUUGUUAUGCAUGUAUUUAAAAAUGGCUUUUAAUGCAUUCAAUGGAAUUUUGCAGUUCUGACUUUAAAAUGCAUACAGACCUAGAUUUAUGUUGGCAUAUACCAUCUUGUUUCCUCCACUGGUAUAAAUCUUUGUAGCUUCAUAGAAGAAAAUGGAGCAGCGUCAAUGUACAAAAGGUAGAAAUCUGGCCUAGAACCAUAGAACAAAGAUAUAUAUUCUUUUGAGACUUCUGAAGCCUGGUUUAUGAAAUUGCUUUAUAUCAUGCACUGACACUUGCAGAGAGGGAGCCUUGGGUUCAUAGAGCACUUCAGAGUUCACCAAGUCUUAACCACACAUACUUAGAAAAGCUUAAAGUCUUUUGCUAUUGGUACCUAAUGUAAAGAAAUCUGAUAGUCCUUAUUGUAGGCAAUGUUUUGAGAGUUUAUUACCAAAAAUAAUCUGCUCCUAAAGUGAUGUUAUUACCAUGUGGAAGAAUAUAUUGUAGGAUUUAAAACCUGAUUGUAAUUGGCAAGCCAGCUUUGACAAAGUUGUAGCAGACUUAAUGCUUCGAGGAUUAAAGACACUUGAAUCCUCCUCUUCUGUUUCUUAUUUGUGUAGUUUCAGCAUUAAAAAUGUUAUACCCUAACAGUUUACUAAAACACUCUGAAAAAAAUAUUCCAUGUCUUAAUAUUAAUCAUACUUUUUAUCAUAAUUAUUUCAUAAUCUCUAUAUUGCUGAAUUCUUAUUGACAAUAUUAUAACUGUAUGGGAACUUUAACUUGAUAAGGAAAUGUAUUUUGACACUGAUACCUUAUUAAAGUAUACUGAUCCUAAAUUCUUUGUGAUGACUCGUUUGCUAUGAAUUUGUUACCUGUUGUAUCAUUGUAAAACAAAAGUAUUUAUUAAAUUAUUUAUAGAAAAU